AGUUGUAGCGGUUGUGUGCGUGUGCGUGCGCGUGUGCGCGGCGGGUGGAUGGAGCGCGGCGCUCUGUGACUCGGAGGAGAUGCGCUCAGGGGCAGCCAUCAGGGUCUGCCAGAAGAUCUUCAGGUGUCUGUUCUCCGGGUUUGGGGGCCGAGUGGACGAGGGGCAGCCGGACCGGUGGUCGGAAAGGUGUUCGUUGGAAGAGCGGCUGGGCCCGCACGCCGAGGCGCUCGGGGACGCCGGGGACGCCGAGGCGCGGGCCGAGCCGCUGCUGGAGCUCUGUCAGAAGAGGCACUUCCUCCGGGGGAGCCAGCCGCCGCCUAGCCGCGACUCUCUCCUGAGCGGCUGCCACCCCGGCUUCGGACCUCUGGGCGUCGAGCUGCGCAAGAACCUGGCGGCGGAAUGGUGGGCCUCGCUGGCGGCGUUCCGGGAGCAGGUCUUCGCGGUGGACGCCCUCCACCACCAGCCUGGCCCGACGGCGCCCGGGGACCCGGCCUUCGGGCUCGUCCCCGCCGAAGCCCUGCGAGAGAUCUUGCAAGACAGAGAUCUGAGCAAGGAGCAGCUAGUAGCGUGUCUUGAGAACUUAGUAAGAACUUCAGGCAAACUGCGGGAGAGUCUUCUUCACGGUGCCUUGGAGCACUAUGUUAAUUGCCUGGAUCUGGUAAACAGAAGGCUACCUUAUGGCCUUGCUCAGAUUGGAGUGUGCUUUCAUCCUGUUUCUGACACUAAGCAGAUCCUUAAUGGUGUUAAAAGAAUUGGUGAGAAGACCGAAGCGUCACUGGUAUGGUUUACUCCCCCAAGGACUGCAAGCCAGUGGCUUGAUUUCUGGUUGCGUCAUCGGCUCCUAUGGUGGAGAAAGUUUGCCAUGAGUCCAUCUAACUUCAGCAGCAGUGAUUGUCAGGAUGAAGAGGGACGGAAAGGAAGCAGACUUUACUACAAUUUUCCCUGGGGAAAGGAGCCAGUAGAGACUCUGUGGAAUCUAGGAGAUCAAGAACUUUUGCACACGUAUCCUGAAAAUAUGUCUAAAUUACACGGCCGAGAUGGGCGGAAAAAUGUGGUUCCUUCCGUUCUGUCUGUAAAUGGGGAUCUGGACUGCGGCGUGUUGGCUUACCUCUAUGAUUCUCUCCAGCUCACAGAGAACUCCUUUGCAAGGAAGAACACCCUUCAUAGAAAGGUCCUUAAACUUCACCCUUCUUUAGCCCCCGUUAAGGUUGCUUUGGAUAUGGGAAGAGGCUCCACAGUGGAAUUAAGACAGGUUUGUCAAGGGCUGUUUAAUGAAUUACUAGAAAAUGGAAUUUCUGUGUGGCCUGGUUAUCAGGAGACUGUGCACUCCUCAAUGGAUCAGCUCUAUUCAAAGUAUGAUGAAAUGAGUGUCCUUUUCACAAUCCUGAUCACAGAGUCCACUUUGGAGAAUGGCUUAGUGCACCUGAGAAGCAGAGACACCACCAUGAAGGAAAUGAUGCACAUAGCCAAACUAAAGGACUUUUUAACCAAGUAUAUAUCCGCGGCUAAAAACGUGUAGGCUUUCACAUUGAUAUAAUAAACAUUCUUCUUACCUUA